UGCAACCAACCAAUCUAAAGCUGUGUAUUUUUUUAAUGAAAUUUUUUUUUUGUUUUGAAAAUACUGUCUUGAUUAAUUAAAAAAAAAACAAUGAUGUCAAAACAAUUCAUAUUUUCACUCAUUUUAAUUCUAGUGAUAGAAUGUAAUGCAAAUUUAACAUCGGUAACCUAUCCUGGAAUUGGAACAUUUACAUUGACCGAUUUUUAUGAUCCAAUUUAUCGUCCAAUUGUAUUGCUUCCACAAAGUCCCGAAGAUAUGAAUGCAACAUUUUAUUUGUAUACACCGAAAAAUGUCAACAAUUCCGAUAUAUUAGAUUGGAACAGUACUGAUCAUUAUGAAUCGACAAUAUUCAAUCCAAUUCUUAAUACUACAAUCAUUACACACGGUUGGCGUGGCAGUAGCCAAGAGAGUUGGUUACAUAAACUCAAAAAUAGCUUAUUGAAUGUUGAAGAUUUAAAUGUUAUCAUUGUUGGAUGGCCUGGAGGAGCAAAAACUGAAUAUACACAAGCUGUAGCCAAUACACGAGUAAUCGGCAUCAUGAUUGGCAUAUUAAUCGAAAAUUUAGCCAAUAAAUUUAAUAUCUCUUUCGAUUCAUUCCAUCUAAUAGGCCAUUCACUUGGCGGUCAUGUAGUUGGUUAUGCUGGCAAACAUCUAGAUGGUAGAAUAGGCCGUAUUUCAGGCCUAGAUCCAGCAGGACCAUUUUAUAAAGGUCUUAAUUAUACGGAAGCACGUUUAUGGCAUACAGAUGCCAAGUUUGUCGAUGUAAUUCAUACUGAUGCACAACCGUUAAUUAAAUUUGGUAUGGGUAUGUAUGAAACAUGUGGCCAUGUUGACAUCUAUCCCAAUGGUGGAAGAACUCAGCCCGGAUGUGGUGAUCAAGAAAAUGAUGAGAUACCGAUUAUAGGUGAAAUUGUAGACUUAUACCAAUACUCAUCUUGUAAUCAUGGUCGUUCACAUGAAUACUUCAUAGAAUCGAUUACACCACCCAUUUCCAGACCAGUUGCUUAUCUAUGUGAUUCGUAUGAUUCAUUCCAGAAUGGUAAAUGUACUUGGAAUUGUCAAGAACCCAACAAAUGCGUUGUAAUGGAUCCAUUGGCCGAUAGUUAUCAUGUGAAUAAAACAUUUACCCAAGGAAAACGAUAUUUUAUGAUUACAGCUGGAGAGGAGCCAUAUUUUCGUUAUCAAUAUCUAAUUGAUUUAAUAAUGGCUAAUCAUUCGGACGAUUACAUUGGUGGUAUUGUUCCGCCGUUGCUAACAGAAGUGGAAUUAAGAUUCAUCAAUCAAGAUGGAGAUGUUGAAGAAUUUAAUUUCAGUGAAAAAUCCGAAUUAUUUGAAGAUGAAACCGAAUAUCCAAGACUUUUUUCAUUGGAUACAAACCCUGAACAAUUAUAUGAAAUGGAAAUCAAAUGGUCACGUGGUAUCGAUACGAUUACAACUAAAAUGAAUUUAGCAUACAUUAAUGUAACAGCACUUUCAUUUGAAAGUGAUUCGGAUCGUAUGCAGCCAAUGACAUUGAAAUUUAUGCCGAUAACUGAUGAUGGUAUACCAAAUGAUGAUUGGUUUGUUUUAGAACAAAAAUAAAUCAAAUAAUAUAUAUAAUGA